CAAUGAGGUGGCCGUUAUUUUCUCCUUUUCCAUGAAGCACACAUCACUCACGUGAUCCCUCAUUUUCUUUUUCUCUGCCAAAAAACAAUUACAACCUUCGAGAAAUCCGCCUCACCUCCCUGCCUUUGAAUCAAAAACCUGUUUUCCCGGUCACCCUUCUCCUUUUCUUUUUCUCUCCUUUAAAUAAAAUCCCAAUCCCUUUUUCUACUCGCUCUUCUCACUCUUUUAUCAUUUUCUCCAAACACUCUCAACCUCUUUUUUCAUUCCUCCAUUUCAAUGGCUAAGGUUAAGAUCGGAAUCAACGGAUUUGGAAGGAUCGGUCGUUUGGUUGCUAGAGUUAUUCUUCAGAGGGAUGAUGUUGAACUUGUUGCUGUUAAUGACCCCUUCAUCACCACUGAUUAUAUGACAUAUAUGUUUAAGUACGACACUGUGCAUGGUCAAUGGAAACACCAUGAGGUCAAGGUUAAGGAUGAAACUACUCUUCUCUUCGGUGAGAAGGCCGUCAAAAUCUUCGGUCACAGGAACCCAGAAGAGAUCCCAUGGAAAGAUGCUGGAGCUGAUUUCGUAGUAGAAUCCACCGGUGUCUUUACCGACAAAGAUAAGGCUGCUGCUCACUUGAAGGGUGGUGCCAAGAAAGUUGUCAUUUCUGCUCCUAGCAAAGAUGCUCCUAUGUUUGUUGUUGGUGUUAAUGAACAUGAAUACAAGCCAGAACUUGACAUUGUUUCCAACGCCAGUUGUACCACCAACUGCCUUGCUCCCUUGGCCAAGGUUAUCCAUGACAGGUUUGGCAUUGUUGAGGGUCUCAUGACAACUGUUCACUCUAUCACUGCCACUCAGAAGACUGUUGAUGGUCCCUCUGCUAAGGACUGGAGAGGUGGAAGGGCUGCUUCCUUUAACAUCAUUCCCAGCAGCACCGGAGCAGCCAAGGCUGUUGGAAAGGUUUUGCCAGCUCUCAACGGAAAAUUGACCGGAAUGUCUUUCCGUGUUCCCACUGUUGAUGUCUCUGUUGUCGAUCUUACUGUCAGACUUGAGAAGUCCGCUACCUAUGAUCAGAUUAAGGCUGCUAUCAAGGAGGAAUCUGAGGGCAAGUUGAAGGGAAUUUUGGGGUACACCGAGGAUGAUGUUGUUUCCACCGACUUCGUUGGUGACAACAGGUCAAGUAUCUUUGAUGCCAAAGCUGGUAUUGCUUUGAACGAUAACUUCAUUAAGCUUGUAUCUUGGUAUGACAACGAGUGGGGAUACAGUUCCCGUGUUGUCGACUUGAUCGUUCACAUGUCUAAGGCCUAAGCGGUUUCUCGGUGUUAAUCUCGGCAUGCAUGCUUUGAUGCAGUGUUAAUCCUUAAUUGUUCAGAGAUAGUUGUCUUAGAAUAAAGCGGGAUUUUGUGAUAUUAGAACUUUUGGAGAUUUCGUUUUGUUUAUUACUAAUUAUUAUUAUUAUUAUUAUUAUUAGUAGGUGUUGGCAAUUGGCAUAUUGGGUUGUCUCCCUUUCUGCUUUGUCUUUAAAUUUGAUACCGAGUAUGUGGUCUGUAACGGAGUGUUAUCAACCCCUGUUUUUGUUUUCUUAUAUUUUCUCUAAAUAAUGUCGAAUUUGUCCAAAAUUCUUGAAGAGUUUGACAUUGGAGUAUGAUUUUAUUUCUUAAAAA